AUGUCGCGCCUUCUGUCGAGGCAGGGCCAAGCUACCCUCCGUGGCCUGGGACUGGGGCUGGGGGCUGCCUCACAUGCCACAGCACUCCGGAAUGCAUCACGAAACGGAGCCCUGGGGUCGUUGCAGUCCAUACGGUGUUACGCCAACGAAAGGGACGGUCCCAGCUUCAAGGGACAGAUGCUCGAAAGCAUACAAACACGUAUCGCACGUGAGAAACAGGAGCGUGCCAAGUUCGCUGCGCAAAGGCAAAACACAGCCGGCUCUAGAGCUUGGGGCAUUACAUUCAUGUUUGUUGCCGGCGCCCUCGGGUCCUACUACCUAGGCACAUUGAGUCCUCGAGACAUCGAUCCCAACUCGACCAUCCCGUUGUCGCAAUCCCGCGCCCCCCGGUACAACCUUGGCAAGGCGAACCUCGAAGCAGCCUGGACCGAUUUCGCUACCGUUGUAGGGAACGACAACGUCAGCACCCUAGACGCAGACAUACAUACCCAUGCCGUUUCCGAUUGGUCGUCAUACCGAGCCCGCGACCACGAGAGACCCUUCUGCGUCGUCUUCCCCGGCACCACCGAGGAGGUAUCCGAGAUCAUGAAGAUCUGCCACUCGAGGAGGAUACCAGUCGUCGGUUACAGCGGUGGUACGAGCUUGGAGGGCCAUUUCACGCCUACCUCGGGAGGUAUCAGCAUCGACUUUGGGCGCAUGAACAAAGUCCUCAAGCUGCACAAGGACGAUCUCGACGUAGUAGUACAGCCGGCAGUUGGGUGGGAGUUGCUCAACGAGCAGCUGUCCAAGGACAACCUGUUCUUCCCGCCUGAUCCCGGCCCAGGAGCCAUGAUUGGAGGUAUGAUUGGCACCGGGUGCAGUGGUACAAACGCCUACCGCUACGGUACCAUGCGCGAAUGGGUUCUGUCCCUGACUGUUGUUCUUGCCGAUGGUACCAUCAUCAAGACACGCCAGCGACCCCGCAAAUCAUCUGCAGGCUACAAUCUUAACAACCUGUUCAUCGGCAAUGAGGGCACACUUGGUCUUGUCACCGAGGCAACGCUCAAGGUUACUGUCAAGCCUCAGAGCACAAGUGUCGCUGUCUGUGCUUUCGACACCAUCAGACAGGCGGCUGACUGUGUGGCCAAGGUCGUCGGUCAGGGUGUGCCAGUUGCCGCUGUCGAGAUCCUCGAUGAUGAGCAGAUGAAAUGCAUCAACGCCGCCGGUAUGACCUCGAAGAGCUGGAAGGAGGCCCCCACGUUGUUCUUCAAGUUCAGCGGCACAGAGUCUGGCGUUAAGGAGCAGGUUCAGAUUGUCAGGGAUAUGGCUCGAUCGACCGGCUCCAAGAGCUUCGAAUUCGCCAAGAGCGAAGAAGAAAAGGCCGAGCUGUGGAGCGCACGCAAAGAGGCUCUCUGGAGUACUCAAGCGGUGGCAAAGGAGGACGAUCAUGUCUGGACUGGUGACGUGGCUGUGCCGUUGAGCAAAAUGCCUGAACUCAUCGAAUUGACAAAGGCUGAUAUCAAGAAGAGCGGACUGUAUGCUACGAUUGUGGGACAUGCUGGUGAUGGCAACUUCCACGUCAUUCUGCUUUCGAACGAACAGCAAAGAAUUGAGGCCGAGGAUCUGAUGCAUACCAUGGUCAAGCGCGCCGUGGAGAUGGAAGGCACUGUCACUGGUGAACAUGGAGUAGGACUGGUCAAGAGAGACUACCUGCCGCACGAGCUUGGUGAGAGCACAGUGGAUACCAUGAGAAAGCUCAAGCAAUCGCUCGACCCGCUAUGCCUGCUCAACCCAGACAAGGUCAUCAGAACGAAGAAGCCAAAAGCUGGUGAAAUCGCGGAAUGGUAA